AUGCCCCGGGCGCCCAACCCGGAACUGAGGAGGCAAGUUAUUGCCAUCUACAAACGCAAGUCUUCGUCCAUUUCUCUGCCUCCUGCCAUGGUUAACUUUACCUCACUAACGCACAAGCUCCUGUACCUCGGUCGAGAUUAUCCUCAAGGCUACGAUUACUUCAGGCCACGACUCCAUCGCGCCUUCAUGGCCAAGGCAGGCCUAACGGACGAAGGCGAGAUCAGAAAAGGCAUCGCUCGCGCCGAUUUUGUGCGGAAA